GGGACUUGGAAGCCAGGAACCAGCACUGACGCUGACGCAGGCAAAUGGGGCACCACUGGCUGGUCCCCUCCCUGCUUGGUAGGUUGGGGGAUGGGCAGCCAGCCCCUCUAGGGUGAGCCCUAGCCUGGGGCUUCCUAUUUCGGGAGCCGGAGGCGUGGGCCACAGCUCAUCAUGUGACGCAAGGGCUAUUUAAAGCGGCAGCUCCGGCAGGGAGCCGCCAGUGUGGAGUGCUUGCACGCCUGUCUUCUUGUAGCUGCUUUCUCAACCUAGCCCAGCAUCACCAUGGUGGACGCCUUCGUGGGUACCUGGAAGCUAGUGGAUAGCAAGAAUUUCGAUGACUACAUGAAGUCAAUCGCCUACUUACUCAUUACCUUUUGCCUGCCCUCAGGGGUGGGUUUUGCUACCAGGCAGGUGGCCAACAUGACCAAGCCUACCACAAUCAUCGAAAAGAAUGGGGACACUAUCACAUUAAGGACACAGAGCACCUUCAAGAACACAGAGAUCAGCUUUAAGCUUGGGGUGGAGUUUGAUGAGACAACAGCAGAUGACAGGAAGGUCAAGUCCAUUGUGACACUGGAUGGAGGCAAACUUGUCCACUUGCAGAAGUGGGACGGGCAAGAGACAACACUUGUGCGGGAGCUAAGUGAUGGAAAACUUAUCCUGACGCUCACCCACGGUAGUGUAGUUUGCACUCGCACUUACGAGAAAGAGGCAUGACCUGCCCAUGCCUUCGCUGACUGCUGCUGAUCGGCUGACCCUCGACUCAGAACCACAUUGCCUCAUUUUUUUCCUCUGCAUUUUGUAUAAAUAUAUCUUGGUUGAAGGAUUCUUCUGGAGUCAGGUGCCACCAGCCUGGAUCCAGUUCCAGUUCCUAUUGUGUGUGUGUGGUUUUUUUUUUUUUCAAAGGGUGCUCUGAGGUCAAUAAAGCAGAGCCACGGCCA